CUUAUAGCAUGAAAGAGCCAGAAAGAUUCCGUCCCAGAGUGCUGAUGCUGAUAGAUACAAUUCUCAAAUCCAUGGUAUUGGAUUUAAUAGGAAUGGAUUUCCUGGUGGACCAAACAUACUCCCUCCAAUAAGGCAACGUGCAAAGACAAAUCUACUAACGUGGCCUGCAGUUAAUGAAGAUGAAGACAACUAUAUGGACAUGGAUGAUAAUGAGAAUUACCAGGAGGAUGAGGAAUGUGAAAGUUCUCCGAAUCCAACACCUGAUCCAUUAGCCCACCUCGGAAGGCCGAAUUAUUCCAUGUCAGAUGAACUACGACAUUCAAUAAGAGAAUACGAUCCGGCAUCAUUUCAGGAUAUCUACACAGACGCCUUAGAGUUUGACACUCGUCUCACAGGAUUUAUUACUCUGCCUCAAAUGAACAUGUUAUGUCUGAGGCAUCGUUUACCCAUCAACUCGUCCAUGCUUCGGGUACUCUUCUCAAGUUUUGCCAUGGACGGCAACAUGGACAUGGUGAACUAUGAAAAGUUAAUAAAGUAUUUAGCUAAAGUUCAGAUCGGCUCGGAAAAGGCUGAUACAUUACUUGAUGAGGUGCUUAACAGAUUUAUGGAGACCAGGGGAGACCCGAUAGAUAAAAGUUCUGAUUUAGAAAAACAUAUCGCCAAAACCAUGCAUACACAUGACUACGAUGAUGCAAGGGAAAACAAGGAGAACAAAACAAAAUACAAGGAAAGCCCAAGGAGACAAAAGGAAGAUAAACAUCAUCAUCGUCAUGACAACCACAAUCAUCAAUCCCACCCUGAAGAGCACUUUGAACAACCAUCCCGGAAAAAAAGAUCCGCCCAAGGGAACGGAGAUGACGAUAAAUGUGCCACGCCCAUUACCAGGAAGCAACCGAUACGGAUAUUCUCAGAUAGAGAGGAUGCCAAGUUACUGAUGCUGAUUGAGCAGCAAUGCAUACAGGGACAGGAAGAGACAAUAGACAUGGCUGCAAUGUCGAGGACUUUUAACGAAAUGGACAGGUCUAGACUCGGCACAGUGUCUAAAAAACAGAUUAAUGAAGUGUGUCUGAAACACAGAGUCCCAGUGCAGGGGUCUUUGCUUGACAAACUAUUACAACGAUGUGACCUUGGUGACGGACAGUACAGUUGGAUCAGUUUUGUUGAGUUUUUGGAAAGAGUACAACCAAUCAACAUGACAUUGGAGAUGAGCCCCAGAAGCAAUGCAGCUGCUUUCCCACCAAGGCCAGGCACCUGGCCAAAGAAGGAGCGAGAACGCAAACAUAGGCAAGAGACAAGAAGGAAUCCUCUUAUACCAGGGACACCACCGGAGCCUGCAGCACCACCUUGGGAGACUAGAAAACCAUUAGGUAGACUUACCAGCAGGAAAGAACCCACACCAUCUCCUGACUUUGAACUUGAACAUAUCAGAGAAAGUCCAUCUCCAACCAGAUCAGCAAUCGUAGGACAUAAUGGGAACAUUAACGAUGAUUCGUAUCAAAGGAAUCAACUGGAAGACAUGGCGAAGAAACACAGAGAGAAGAGAAUAAGAGAAAUGCAGAAAAAGGCUGCUAAAGUGAAAAAACAACCAGAAGACGACCAGACAUGGUUUGAGAGAUAUAGACACUUAGCACAGGGGUUAUAUAAUGCUGAUAGUACUAAUACAGGUUUUCUGGAGAGAAGCGAGAUACGUCGAAUUAUCAAUAAUUAUAACCUUAUAUACCAGCUUGGUCUGGACGAAACACAAAUCGAACACACCAUCACAAAUUGUGGCCGCUCAGAUGGAACUGUCGCUAUUGAGCCGUUAUUAGAAUCCUUGCGACUGAGGGCUAAUUAACCGUAUGUUGAUUCAGGGUUGUUGAGGUUCGGUAGAUACACCACAUGGUUUUAGAAUGCUUAUGCAAAUUAAUAUAAUGAAUUAACAAAUAUGCUAAUUUUAUUGCUUUAAAAAUAAUUUGAUUGUUUUAAAGCU